CGUGGCCGGAAUGGGCGAGGAGGCGGGGCGGGGCUGGGCGCGCUGGGCGCCUGCGCGUUGUUGUACGCUGCGCUGCGCUGCCGGCCGCGCUGCCCUCCGCCGGCGAGGCUCGGGGGACGGGCGGCGCCAUGGCUGGCAUCAAAGCCUUGAUUAGCCUGUCCUUCGGGGGAGCGGUCGGACUGAUGUUCCUGAUGCUCGGAUGUGCCCUUCCCCAGUACAAUCAGUACUGGCCACUGUUUGUUCUGUUUUUUUACAUCCUGUCUCCUAUCCCAUACUGCAUAGCAAGAAGAUUAGUAGAUGACACAGAUGCUACAAGUAAUGCCUGCAAGGAGCUAGCAAUAUUUCUUACAACAGGCAUUGUUGUCUCAGCAUUUGGGCUACCAAUAGUGUUUGCCAGAGCAGAACUGAUCUACUGGGGCGCAUGUGCACUUGUUCUUACGGGGAAUACAGUCAUCUUUGCCACCAUCCUAGGAUUUUUCUUGGUCUUUGGCAGCAAUGACGACUUCAGCUGGCAGCAGUGGUGAAGGGAAGAUGAGAGAACUAUCACAGGCAUCUUGUCAUGCAGUGGCCAUCCAUACAAAUGAGAGAAUGGGCAAUAAAGAGAAGUAGCGUAGCAAGCCUCUUGAGUAUUCUAGAUGCUCCUUUUCACCUUGUUCGUUCUGAGUAUAUUACUGUUGCUGACAGGGUUCCUACAUUUUUCAUGAAGUGGAGAGAUGAUUGAUUUCAUUUUUACCUAUGGUAUGUUUUUAGGUGCUCUCUUGGUUUAAAAUUGUCAUCCUUCUGUCCAGUGUUUAUGUGAAGCUUUAAAUCUGGAACAAGGACAUUUGAACAUGGUUUCAAAGAGGAUUUAAAGUUGGUUUUUUUUUUUUUUUUUUUUUUAAAGAAGUUAAGCAUUAAUACUGUGUUUCAAAAUAACUUUUUUUAUAUCGUGAUUAAAUUAUAUCCAAGCUGAAUGGGGGUAAGAGAUUGUGCACCACCGUUGUCAAUUACCAGAUCAAUGGGUCAUUGCUAUGUUUUAGCAGAGGCAAGGCGGGGUGGGGAGUGCCAGUUGCAGGUUUUUCUUCAGCCCAUACCUCAGUCCGGGUGAUGAAUGUUGAUAGCCUUCGUUUCAGGAGAAGGCUGAGGAGCAGGUAGAGUUCAUUGGGAGAAGUCCUAAAUUUUAACACCGCUAGCACUUUUACCUGCUUUGUUAUCAAUUCUUGAGGGGAUGUGAUAUUCAAAUACUCUGUAAAUGUAUUGAUGCUAUGACAUACAAAACUAAAGUGUAUUGUAGGGGAAGGGAAAAUGAUGUUUAAAUUCCAUUUUUUAAAAAAGUAUCUUUUGAACUCUUUCUAUUUAUAAGUAUUGUAUGGUUUUGAACUUUUAUGUCAACUUUUUACCACAAAGAUGGUAAAAUGUUCAUUUAUGGAACUACUGGUCUGUGUCAAUUUGAAGCAUAUACAAGGCUAUUUCCUCCUUCCCCUUUUUAAUUUAUUUUAUACAUAGUAUAUAUAUAUAAAAAAUAAAACAGCUUUUCAAAUGUAGAUUAAAACUCUGUGUUAACUUGCCUAAGAAUAAUUUUCUUUUUUAAUUUUAUUUCCUUUCACACAGUGCAGCUGAGAUGUGACUUUUUUGGAAGUCACUGUCUGAACUGGCAGUUCGCUGACUGUUUUUAAGUUCUCAUGCACUAUUGGUUAGUAAGAUUUAAUGUUAUGUCUGUAACUGUAGCUUGUGUUCUGUAAGAUUGUACAUGUAGCUUCAAAUAUGUAAGACAAGUUUUCUGCAUACCUCUCAAAUUGUCUGGAUUUUUCAUUUGAAGAAAUCUUCCAUUAGACAUUCCAUCAUGAGGCACCUGAUGAGUGCCAGGUAUCCAGGUUUGAUUGUACCACAUGCAGGGAUAAACUCGACCAAACAUACUUCUAAAGUAUAUUUUUGUGCAGUUCUUAAAACAUCUAUGAAACUUACUUUGCAUAAUUAAAAGCUGACGAUUGCUUAGGCUUUGUUUAACAUUGGUGCAGUAUGAAAAGGCACAGGUCUUAGCUGUAGUAUUUGUAUGCAGAUGUAAACAAAAUAUAAAGCUUGGCUAUUUGAAGUCUGAUAAUAAUGGUAGUUACUUACAAGGUAUACUUAAGGAACUGACACCAGCAGGGGUGUAGCUACCUACAUGUGCUGCUUUGUUGUUCUGUAUGUAAAAUAAGAGCUCAGUUUUACCUGUGCCGGUAGAGGAACAAAUAGGUGCCAAGAACCUAGUGUAGGAGCCAGUCGGCAGCAGGCAGUCUCUCAGCCACAUGUAAGCACUUCACCAGGCUGCCUGUGAUGCCUGUGAUGUUUGGAGGUGUGUGAGGGCUGUAGAAUCACUCGUUCCGUCACCUUUUCCAGUGAGACUUCUGCAUCCCUGCCCCCGGCACAAUGGACGCUUUGGAAAUCUUCCAAACCAGUGGCUAAAUUUGCAGUCCUUGUGAAGGAACACACAGGACUUGUACAAAUUGAAUCUGUUACUGACACUUUUUUCAUGGUCAGGAACUAUGUUUUCUUUCUCAUUCUCGUACUGCUUAGCGGACUUCUCCAUGUAAUGCUACUCUUCAGAUCACUGGCCAUGGAGCUGACAGUGUGUUUAUUGGCCAUGCAUUUUUUUGUGUGUUAACCGCAUUACAGCGUUACCUUCUGCUUGCACACUGAGUAUGUGCAGUGUUGCUCUGAUUUAUGAGCUAGACACUUGAGAGGUACGAUGCUUCCAUAUAAAAUGCACUGAGAUGGCGUUACCAUCCUUCCAGAGGGAAAAACUUUGAUCAAAAUUUUAAAUAGCAAUCUUGACUUCUGUAUGUUUAAUCAAAAAUACUCUAAUAAAAGAGUAUUUUGUUUAAAGUA